GCAGUCAAUCUGAAAACUUCGGAUUAUUCACAAGAUCUAUUUCGGAUUAUUACAGAUUAUUUUGAACAACAUUCAUAUUACUAUGAGAGCUUUUUAUAUUAUUUUAUUUUGUAUUUUCUUCAAAAAAAUCGAUGCCGAACCCAAGCCCGAUUUACCUACGUUAUCUUCAGCAGUAAAGGACAUUUGUAAAGGUACCUUCAAGCCUAUUUCCAUUGGUGCAUUUUGCGAUAAGGCGAGUUCCACUUUGGAAGGAACUUUCAUCUCAUCGUGUUUCAAAGUCGAAAAUAUAUGUCAAGGUUUCCAACCAUUAUGCAAAGCAAUACUAACUGAUGGUAUCUGCAAAGAUCUUUUCACAAACGUUACCAUCGGAGAUAAGCCGACAAAAUCAUUGGGUUACACAAUUUUGCAUGAAACGUGCCUGAAAUCUCAAGAUGUAGUACAAACCGUAACCAAAUAUCUGAACAUGAACAUAGACGCUCUUUUAGAUCGCGACGUAGCAUGCCGAGACUUGACCAGGACCGUCAGAAGUGUUUGCCGUAAGUUCGUAAAUAAGGAGGCAUGCAGUCCUCGUAUUAUCCCUAAAGAGUUCAUAGAACAAUGCAAGAGUGUGCUUGACGUUUAUGUGUGUAAAAUACGUCCAGGACAAACCCCAGAGGGGACGAGUCCUUCAGCUAUUUUCGGUAGUAUUCUGAGUGGUUUGGGUAUAAAUUUGGGUAAAAAAUGAAAUUUUACGCUAUUUUCAAACAUGUUCUAAUCACAGAUUUGUAUGAUUAUAAAGAAUAAAAAUGUUACAUAUUCCUGACA